UUUGUAUGCAUUCUUUUCAUGAAUUAUAUAUACCUACCCUUAUAGUGAUAUAAUAGGGAAGGGUCAUAUAUCGUUUUUUUAAAAGUUUUUCCCACGUUUGAGGGUGAGGGAUUUUGACCAAGACGUUUAUUAAAAUAUUGAAUUUCCUUGUCAACAAGAACAACAACAAAAUCGCAAGAUAAGUAAUAAAUAGAAAUUUUAUUCAAAAACGAUUCCACUAACAAUAAGUUGAGGAUAGUAAGUCUUAUCUGCCUUGAUUAUUGUUACAAAUAUCUUGUGUGAACAGGGCGCACAAAUACUUUGCACCCGCAUCACAGGGACACAAGAAAGAGGCCAGAAAAUGGUAGUUAUAUUUGCGUUUGCGAAAUACCUAAAAUUGGUGUGAAGAUAAGAAUUUAAAAGGACUAAUAACAAAAUCACAAAUAAUAAUAAUAAUAAUAACAAAACACACUGUGAAAUGUGAAAUAAACAUUGUUUUGAACAGCAAUAAAGCUCAUUUUACACGACAAAAAAAUUUGGGUUAAUUUAUGUGAUAAAAUACAAAAAAACUAAAAAAAGCUCCGGCUAUUUAAUAGAGGAUAUGCGGGAUAUUUAUUUCGACUGCAAGAAUGAAAGUUUAUUCUGAAUUUUUUUAGAAAGGCAAUUAAAACGCAACAUGAAUAAACAAACGAACUCAGAGAAUGUGAAACCCAUGGCAGGGAACAAUAAAAGGCAGCCCCCACCACCGCCACCAACGAAACCAACGAAGCUGGCAAGUUCUAAGUCACAACCACCCCCGACUGCAUCUAAACCAAAGAAGCUAUUACCAAACUCAACAGACACGCUAAAGCAACAAUCGGCAUCACCUGUAACUAAACCAAAGAGUAAGUCACCUACAGUAGCACUUAAUAAUCAAUUUACACCGUCAAAACUUGCAUUAAAUUCAAAAAAAAAUUAUUCAUCGCCAGAGACUAACCACCAGCUUCUGAUACCACCAAAAGCAGCAGUAGACACAGAAGAGUUUCCACCCCCAUCGGCAAAAAAUCACUACACGGUUCUGAAAUCUUCAUCAGAUGGGUAUGAAAUGUUGAAAGAAGAUAAUGCGUAUGAAAUUAUGCCAACAAAACAAAACGAAUCAUCAAUCUAUGACGUUCCUGUCCCUUCAGAAUACGACGUACCAUCUAACGGAGCUUCGUUGGAUACAUCACAAGAUGAAAAUCCCUAUGAAAUCAUUUGUGGAUCAAUUGCGUCAAAUGCACAAACAGUGAAGGGAAUCCUACCUCAAAGCGAGGCUUUUCGAAAUUAUCCUUGGUUUGAUGGUGAAGCAACGCCCGAAAAAGCACAAGAUGAGUUAAAGCGACGAGAUGAGGAAGGAGCUUUCAUGGUGAUUAUAACGGAUUCUGGUUACCUCAUCCUUGCGUAUCAUAACCAAAGUAUUAUUCCACUUCUCAUAACAAAAGAUGAAGCUGACGACUAUAUCCUUGGUAAUUUUGUUAACCAGAAAUUCAACUCAAUACCUGAGCUCAUUGGUUUUUACCGUCGACAUGCAAUCCAGUUACCUGAACGACAAGUGUUACUUACAAUACCAGAAUCAAUUUAAUAUUUAAAGAAGAAUUUAUAUAGAAUUUAUAUCCCAAGGAGCAUUGUAAGCAAAGUGAAGCUUCAGUCAAAAGUGAAUUUAAACACAUGAUUAAUGCAUUUACAAGUUUUGCUCUGUUAACGAAGUUUUAUGAUGAUAAAGAGAAGAAAGGAGUAUUGAAAUUAGCUACAUGCUAAAAAAUGGAUGUUGUUUAGCUAUACGAUUAUCACAACAGCUCGAUGUAACUCCUUGAAGAAAUUCAUUAGGCUGACUUCCCAAAUUACAGCUCUUCCGUAACACAUAGAAAUUUCGUCUGUUUGAUAAAAUCUGAAAGGAUUGAUGCACGGAUUUUCUAUUUCUUUGCAAAAAGUCAAAAAAAAUAAAAAUAUAUAUAAUAUGUAAAUUGAGUAAAUAGUUACGUAAUUAUAUGUAAUUAUGUAAUUAUUUAAAAACAGGAAAUAGUUAAUUUUUAUUGCAGUCCA